GGUCAAUGUCAUCGGUGUCAACGAUUGGUUGGGGCUGAAAAAUCUCAAAAUCCAAACUCAAAAUCCGUCAUCUCAUUUUCAUUUAGCCAGUAGUGUUGUCGUGGGUCGCCAUGUUUGUUAUUGUUCUCGAUGGGGGAGGUAGUAAUAGUGAGGCUCCGUCGCCCUGUUGAUGAAUCCAAGUACGUUUAGUGCGAGUGUAUAAACAUUGGACAAAGAAGGACAAUGACGGUAGCCCGCGGGUAGUGUCUUCUUUAACUGGUACUUCGGAGGUGCUCUUUGUCUCAAACUGGCGGCCACAGGAAACCUCGCAGGCGGGGAGGAUGGACCCGCCGCGAUGUUGGACUGGGGGGAUCGUGAGGGUGACAGGUUCAGUUUUGAAGACUCCGAUAGAUUCGAGGAGGACUCAUUAUGUAGUUGGAGCGACGGCUCGGGCUCCGAGCCAGAAAGCGUCUGCAACAAUUGGAGAGGUUGGAAAAAGCCUUCGACGACAGCUAGUAACAUCUUUGGCAGCAACAGAAAGUUUGCAGACGAAUCAUGUGCCUCGCCUGUGACGUCACUGACAGAGCUGUCCGCACGCUGCGUCGCAGCCCACAUCCCGUUCGAGCUGGUGGAGCAUGUGUAUCCUCCAGUGCCCGAACAGCUCCAGCUGCGAAUUGCCUUCUGGAGUUUUCCAGACAAUGAAGAGGACAUCCGACUAUACUCCUGUUUAGCCAACGGGUCGGCGGAUGAGUUCCUGAGAGGGGAGGCGCUUUUCAAGAACCGCAUGGUUAAGGAUCCCUUGCAAAUAGGUUUUCAUUUGUCAGCCAGCGUUCAGCAAACACCCAGAGGUACCCACAAUGUCGCCGUAACUUUCGAUCGUCGUCGCAUAUCAUCAUGCAACUGCACCUGCAAUUCCACCGCCUAUUGGUGUUCACACGUCGUUGCUGUUUGUCUUACACGCAUACACUGGCCACACCUGGUGACCUUACGUGCUCCUGUGUCCGAAUCGCUGAGCCGUCUGCAGCGCGACCAGCUGCAGAAGUUCGCCCAAUAUCUUAUCAGCGAGCUGCCCCAGCAGAUCCUACCAACUGCCCAGCGGCUACUGGAUGAGCUUCUGGGCUCUCAGCCGUCUGCGAUUAACUCCGUGUGCGGGGCACCCGAUCCUACAGCGGGGGCCAGCGCAAGCGAUCAGACAUCGUGGUACUUGGAUGAGAAGACCCUCCAUGAUAACAUCAAGAAGAUAUUGAUCAAGUUCUGUGUCCCUGCGCCGAUGGUGUUCAGCGAUGUCAACUAUCUCAGUACGGUGGCGCCUCCAGCGGCAGCAGAAUGGACCUCUUUGCUGCGCCCGUUGCGUGGUCGCGAACCCGAAGGGAUGUGGAACCUGUUGAGUAUAGUGAGAGAGAUGUUUAAGAGGAACGACAGAAAUGCAGUACCUUUGUUGGAGAUCAUCACCGAGGAGUGUCUGGCGUGCGAGCAGAUACUUGUAUGGUGGUUUAACACCAAGGUGGCUCUGCUCAGUGGAGGUUCCGGAUACGGCGGUGGAGGUGGUGGCGGGGGCGGUAAACACAACAACGUCAACAGCAACACGCACGCCUCCCAGCAUGCCUGCUCCUCUCUGUGCGAUGAGGUUGUUGUUUUGUGGAGGUUGGCAGCACUCAAUCCUGGGCUGGCGCCUAGCGAAAGAGAUAUGCUGCAUAAUCAGUUCACUACAUGGCACAUGAAAAUAUUGGAGAAAGUGACUAAGUUCCGUAACAGCACGUCCAGCUCUACAUCCGGUUACAACAAAAAUUCAAGCUCUCUAAAAACGGAUCUAGAAGUGUUCACCGGCUUCAAACCGGCUAUUGAGGCGUGCUAUUUAGACUGGGAUGAUUACCCUAUGCCUGGCAUCACGUAUAAUCAAGAUGUUAAUCCUAUGUACCACUGUCCAUUUACGUGUUUUCGACAUGGUGUUGACAGCAGUAGAGGAGAGAGCAACGUUACUCAGGUGAACUCUAGCAAAGCUGUGCUGAACUGCGAGCUGCACAACCACGGUUCGCUAGCCGCCCACCUCCGUCACAGCGGUGGCGGCGCAGUCGCCAGUGGCAGUCACUCCCACCACAUGCACCACCACCAUAUGCAUCUUCACCAUCACAUGCACGCGCCGCGCGUCACCAGGUUCGAUUACGUCAAUGUGAUGAGCCUGAACCCCGUGGAGUACGCGGCGGCAGCGGCUGCUGCAGCGGCGGCGCAUCAUCAGCUGCAAGAGAGAGAUGGGAAUAGGUCGAGUGUCAGCAGCGAGGGAUUCUGCGAGGUUGACGAUGACAUGAAUAUCCUACGAGAGAGCCGUUACGACUCCGAUUUUCAAGAAUGCGGGGUCAGCGACUCAUCCAGCAACAGCAGUUCAAGCAGCAGUAGCAGCAGCGUAGAUAGCAGUGUUCCUAUUCAAACGCCUCAACCAAUUGUUGAACCUUCCGUGAAAAAGGUAACACCGCCGACUCAGAAUCAGACUGCAGCGAAUAGUAGUUCAUCAAAUCCCGAAUGGCAGCAGAAUGGAGACAUCAGUGAAGAAAGGCGGUUAUCUAAGGAUGAUUCGACGUCUAGCUUCAACUCUGAGUCACCUAAUUCGGGUGAUGAAUAUAACGUUUACUUCUACAAUAGCAAAGAUUUAAGCACCUUAGAAGGAAGUUCGUCUAUGACCACUGGUGGUGCAACCAGUAGUCAGGCUCCAAAGACUGAAGAGACCGAAGAUAAGUCCACCGUAUUCUCGACACUGCGUAAAUGCGACGAUCCUUGGGACGUGUUGUUCGCUCGUGCUGAAGGCUUACACGCACAUGGCCACAGUCGCGAAGCGUGUAUUCUGGGUGUCAAAUUGGCAGAAGAGCUGCUCAUGCAUCCACCUGAUCUCAUGAUCGAAAUUCCACCAGCGCCUAGAAAGAAAGGCAAGAAACAGCAAGUGAACCCAGCGACUCACCAGCUGAGCUGCUUGGCAUCGGCAACGUUAUCCAAGUGCGCCUUUCUGUGUUCUGUCUUGGCCGAGAACUGUGAACAUUUCCAUCUGGCUUUCCGCGUAGGGAUGUUUGGAUUGGAGAUGGCCCGUCCGCCGGCUAGCACUAAGCCGUUGGAAGUAAAGUUGGCCAAUCAGGAGGCCGAUCUAGUCGGAUUACUUAAGAGGAUACCAUUAGGUCACAGAGAGUUGCAGAUGCUUAGAGAGAGGGCCGAACAGUUGAAGGAAGGUACCUUGAAAUCACGAGGCGAAGCUCUCCUUCCGAUCAUGUUAGCUUCGUUCGUUUUUGACGCCUUGGUCAUCCCUAGCGUAGUGGGACGUGAUCGAGUGAAGAUAAUGAGCAUGAGAUUGCCAUCUGACGAACCAUUGGGUUUUGAAGCUGCAGUUGCUGCUCUAGGACUCAAAGCGAAUGUUUCCGAGGCUGACCAUCCACUUCUGUGUGAAGGCACGCGUAGACAAAGAGGUGAUUUGGCCAUCGCUCUUUUGACGUUUUACAAAGACGAUUGCUGGAAAGUAGCAAGAAUAAUGGACAGGUUAUUAGAUAGAGAAGUACAUCAGCUGUUAAAGACACCUAUCAUGAGCUCUUACUAUUCAAGCAAUCCCCCAUUGAGAAGUCAGUACAGUAAUUUGAAGAGAGAGGACAACGACAAAGUUAUGACUCCAAUUAGCCCAUUUUUGCCACCGGCAGAAAUUAUGUCCGCAGAUUUGGCAUGCUGUAGCAGACCUCACAGUUCGACGAGCGCAGAAAUAGAACAGGGUAUGAACAACCUGUCAGUGAGCGGUCAACAAGUCUCGCUGUCACAGAGCGCGAUUACGAGAACAAAAGACGGGAGAUACAAAGGCAAGAGGGCAUAUCCAUCCAUACCAAAUCAGCCGUCCGAAGCUGGAGCACAUUUUAUGUUCGAGUUGGCCAAAACAGUUUUGAACAAGGCAGGAGGUACUAGCAGUACGUCAUUAUUUACGCAACCAUCAACGAGUCAGAAUCAUCAUGGACCCCACAGAGCUUUGCAUAUGUGCGCGUUCCAACUGGGCUUGUAUGCACUUGGUCUCCAUAACUGCGUUAGCCCCAAUUGGUUGAGUAGGACUUAUUCAUCACACGUGUCGUGGAUAACAGGACAAGCAAUGGAGAUUGGCGCAGCGGCUAUCUCCUUCCUAAUCGACACAUGGGAGGGCCACCUAACUCCACCGGAGGCCGCCAGUAUAGCAGAUCGCGCCUCUCGUGGCUGCGACCCAAACAUGGUUCGCGCCGCAGCGGAGCUGGCCUUGUCAUGUCUGCCACACGCAGCAGCCCUCAACCCGAAUGAGAUCCAGCGCGCCAUACUACAGUGCAAAGAGCAGAGCGACGAGAUGCUCGAACACGCAUGUCUCACUGUGGAGAAUGCCGCUAAAGGAGGCGGUGUAUAUCCGGAGGUGUUGUUCCAGGUGGCGAAAUAUUGGUUUGAGCUGUACAUUCGCAACACUCCCGGUGGCGAGCAGUUGCUCGAUGGCGAACUAUCUGUUAUGCACGAACCCCUGGUGGACGCCCACGGAGCACUGGUGGCGCUCAUCGAACAGCCCGGCGUGCCCCAGGACCCUGCUGCUGCCGUUGCACAGGCUGCCCAGCAGGUGGUUGUCACAACGGCGCCUCCUUACACGCACACCGCAGCGCCUCCAGUGGGCAUGUACGUAAGUCACUACAACUUCGUGGCGGCAGCAGCCGCGGCAGCCGCCGUCGCGUCACCCCACCACCCGGCACAUCACCCAGCAGCGGUGGCCGCUUCACCACUUGGCUACGGGGGCCCUCUACACCCCCUGCCGCCCCCGGGAGCAGCCGUACCGCCUCCUCCGCCCCCGGCGCAUGUGCAGAUGUAUCAGUUCACGUAUCCACCACCAGCGCCGCCUCCGCAAGCGCAGGGUGGUGUGGUCGCAGCACCCGGUGGACCGCCGCCAGGCACGCCGUUUCAACCGCCACCACCGACCUCCUACACGACGAAUAUGCCGCCUCCGCCCCCGCAACAGGUGGUGUUCACUAGUGCCAGUUCCCAUCAGUACGCGGCAGCCGUAGCAGCGGCCGUCGGCCAGUCCGCUCAGCCGUCUCCGUUCGGCGGUCCCCCGCCACCGCAGCAGCCGCCUCCACAACAGGCGCCGCCCCCACCGCAAUAUUACGCGCCGGCGGCCGUCACGAUCGCGCAGGGCCUAUGCGCUCAACCGCCUCCGCAACCGCAGCCGCCGCAGGCGCAUAUCUACGCUGCGCCGCCACCGCCGCCGUCAGCAGGCUCGUUCCUGAGCCCGCCUCCGCCAAACCCCGCCCAACCAAUGGUGGCCGUCUCGACCGCAGGCGCCGCCUCUCCAGCUGCGGCGGCAGCCGCGGCGGCCGCCGCUUGCGCGCAACAGGCUGCAAUGGCAGCGGCUGCUGCCGCCUCCGUCCGUCCGCACCGCCCCCAUCAAUUCAACCAGGCGCAGCUCAGGUAUCUGCUCACCGCUUAUCGUGUGGGCAUGCUAGCAUUGGAGACGCUCGCUAGGAGGGUGCAUGAUGACAGGCCGCAAGCGAAGUACGCCAGGAACCCGCCGUAUGGGGAAGAUGUCAAGUGGUUGCUGAGGAUAUCCAAGCAUUUGGGUACGCAAUACCUCCACCACUUCUGCGUAUGCGCCGUCAACUCGAUCGUCUCCCCGUUUGUGUUACACGACGUGGCGAUCGAAGCUGCGCAAUACUUGUCCAGGAACAAUCCGCAGCUGCUCAUGCAGCAUUUGCGCACCGCGCUGACACCGCUGGUGCAAAAGUGCCAGCAGAUGUACAUACAGUGUAUGCACCAGAAGUUGUAUCAUCUCACCGCUGCUGAUUACGAAGACUUCGUUAGUAUAGUGUGUGCGGCCAGGGCUGCCUUCCAGAUUACCCCAGACGGAUCGGCGCAGUUCAAAGAGUGGCUGCAGUCAAUUAGAAGGUCAAAGUCGUGCAAGAAAGACCUUUGGACGCAGAUCAACACCGCCUUGCAGGCGAACGGCAAAUGACAAAGGCAGGACGCCGCAGGCGAGUGCGACGCCGGCGCCCACCAUCACCAUCAUCACCACCACCAUCAUAUGUCCCAUCCUCCACCCCAACCGGCUCCAGGAGGCGGCAACGUCGCUAUGGAAACCGGCACCCCAACGACAUCGGUCGAAAACAUCGCUGUGGGCGGUGACAACUCGGCUGCUAGCGGCGGAGGUGGUGAGGUAGUCCGGGUUUGCAACACCGCCGCUUCGUUUGCGGUCCAGCCUCCGCCGCAGCCGGUCAUGUACCACUUGGGACGGAGACAGUCUCAGCCUCAUUGGUCCUAUUAUUUUCCAGAGGAGCCUGAUCCGUCUCCGCCACUCAGUUGAUUUCCUUGCGGCCAUUGGGUGUUCUUUUGGUGAGAUGAUUGGUUGUAUAUGACACAAAAAAUUGGCGCUGAAACCUAUUCUGUUUCGAAUGUUAAAAUGAGGGAUUUCUUUUCAGCUUGGGGCAGUAGUCUGUCAUAUUUAACCUCUGCAAGAGUUAGGUGUGACAGUUAUAUUUUGUUGCAAGUAUCAACAUACACGAUAAUUUUAAAUACUUUCAUUUCCUACCUGAAUCGCAUGUAUCUGUUUAAACACAUUUUCUUCUAAUCGCAAUUUAGUGGUUACAUCUGACAAACCAACUUAAAUCAACUUCAAGCUGGAAAGCUCCAAGAUCUCAUCAACUAUUAAUUUCGAUUUUCGAAUGACUAACAAUAGGAAAUUGUAAAUAUCUGUUGCCAUCUGUAUCCAGUUGCUCAUAUCAGUUCCACAGACGCGCUAUGUGAUGAAGAAUAUUUUGAAAUUGCGAUAAACAAACGUUUUAAGUACAGACCAAUUUCACUAAAGAUCUCAUACAUUUUCAUUGACCAUUUCACCACUUUCAGCGCUGUUGGGACACUAAGAGUUAUCUUUUUUUAAUAAUUUUUGCUCUAACAGAGUCCUCAAAUGGCGGCAGAUAUUUAUCUCGCAAGUCAUGAAAGAAAUAUACAAAAUUCAUUUUUCAUUAAUGCAUUCGAUUCAGUACUGGAUUGGUAUGGGGAAAAGUUUGUGAAUUUUCCUGAAAAUCUAUACCUUAAAAACUAAUCUUUUUGACGUUUCCACAUUUUUUAAUGCUAAACCUAUAUACAACUUAAAGGACUUGACGACCAUACAGCUCAAAAUGACUCGACAGCUUUGAGGCUGAAGAAAUGGACAUGACAAGUUUUUAGAAAAUUUCACUGAAAUAUAAUAAUUCUGAUUGUCGGAUUUUAUUUUAACAUUAAACUAAUGAAACCUGAUUCUAAUCUUGCAUGAUUUACGACUUCUGCAUACUAGAACAACUUUGUAGGUGCCUUAGUCACAGUGUAAGUUUCAGCUAACCAAUUUUCUGUUCAGCAAAUAUGUUACCACCAUCUUCCUUAAUAGCGAUUCUGAUCAUCGAGGAAUCCCAAUCAUACUAUCAACUAAAAUCACAAGCAAUACAUUCUUCUGGUAUCAGAAAGAAUAGAGGGCUGGAAAGCAAAGUUACAUUGACCCCAUUAAGGGUGGCGUUCGUCCAUGUCGUCGUUUUUUUUUUAUUAAACUCGGCACUAAAUCCAUAAACAGAUUUUGUGUGAUUCCCAUAUGACUGGGAUAUAUUAAUCUUAAGGUAAUGUAUAGAAACUCUGAUGGAUUCUCAGAAUAAUGAGCUACUUUUUUUGGGAGCAGUUCACGAAUAUAUAAAAAGUAUAAAAAAAGAACUAUCUAAGUUCCUUUUGCAUGACAGCUUUGUUAAUAGUGUCGAGUUGUUUUCCAAUAGUCUGUCAUUACACAUCAGAAGAGCUGUAUGUAUAUUUCUUGUCUAUCUCUUCUGUGUAAUUACACGCUAUUGUUUCCGUUUUAGUUAAUUCAAACAUUUUACACUAAAAUGUUAUUUAACGAUGAAUUCAACCUAUUAAAUAGAGGAGUGACAUCUGAAAAUCAGCUUAUAAAAUAAAAAUCACAAUCUGUCAUCUUUACUUCCGAAUUCUAGAAGUUGUCAAAUAUUAAGAAAUCCAAAACAAUUCAAUCAGUGUUCUUCCUCUGUUUAUUGGGAUGAUUUUGUUUUGUCAUUUAUGUGGGCAAAACGUUAUUAUCGUAUGCAUGAAAAACGAUUUAGUUCUUAAAAAAAGAAGUGCUCAGGUACUCUACCAUCUUUGCCUUCAUGUAGUUAAAUUAUUGUAACAAGUAAUUUAGUAGCCCAAUUUAUAAUCUUAUUUUCUAUUUAUUUCGUAAGUAUCUUCUCUUAGUGGUUAUGAUCGUAUUCAGUGUGCGUUUCUAUGAUGAUAUUCAACAAUCUUUUUGACACUGAAUAACCAACGGAUAUGGUAACAUUAUGGAAUGCUUUUCAGACAAUAGACAGCUUUGGCAGUCACAAACACUCCAUACAUAAACGUGAAUGUUAACUUUAGUGCAACAUUCCAACUAAAUAAUGCAAAUGCAAGUGGUCUUGAGUGUGAAAAUAAUUUGCUUUCAGCUUGGUCCAGGCACAAGGUAACAUUUUGCAAUUUUGUCGAUAGGUUGAAUUACCAUUCCUAAACUUCUGAAGCAUCAUCUGUAAUGGUUUUUGCACAUCCUUGGAGUAUAUCAUCAUUUAUCGAGUUGUUCAAUACAAGAUUUGGAAAGGCAUAUCUGAUUUUAGGAAAAAUUUACAUUAAUUUCAACUUAAUCUUUGUUACAGUCUUUAAAUUUUCUUCAGCAUAUGCAACUCCAUUUCUGACGUAAGGUAUAAUAAUAAAUAAUAAAAAUAAUUUGCAUGUUAUCCCUUGCAAUACCUUACAUUACUACCACUUCAGAACAAAUACGUAAUAUAUGUAAAGACGACAUAUUCAUUUCAGUGGAUACUUUAUCGUAGUUGAAAUAGUAAGAAAAUAGUAUACAAAAUAUUCAAAUCGAAAAAUUUGCCGAAUAGAAGAUGGAAGCAUUUCACUGAAAAAAAAAUAAUCGAUGAAAAUUAUGAGGUGUAACUUCGAGCUUAUUGAGAUUAAUGUAUCUUUUGACUAAAAGUACGGCUAUAUCAUCUUUGAAAGGUACAUACAUCAGUUUACCCGAAGUAUCUUUCUCCAUUUCAUUAAACCGUCUUUAUUUAUUUUGAUAUUUUUACAGUCCAUAGACAUUCAAUUUUAAAAUCAUGUAUGUAUAUGCUAAAUAGUAUUAAAAAUCUUGAAAUAUAUAUAUUUAUGGAUAUAUGGUAUGGUUUUGCUGUAUUGAAUAUAUUCCAUUUUGACUUUCUUUUUCAGUAGUAUGUAAGUGCAAGCAUCUCCUAGCUAUAAGUGUUUUUUAUGUGUUGAUUAAAUAAAUUUUUUGUUUUCGGUCGUUUUAUUACCGAGUGCACCCUAUUUUCUGUGCACACUGACUUCGGUCAGGUUAAUUUCUUGAAUAUAAACAUUCGAAUAAUUUCCAAAGUUUUUGGAAAUGGUCCUUAUGAAAGAAUUUUUUGAAUCGUCCAAAGCUGUCCAUGAUCAAACAAUGCUGUAUGCACAAAACGUAUAUUAUUGAUGUGAAAUACUAGCAGUGAUUUAUCAUAAUCAAACAGCUACGGCAUUUUUCAGCUGCAACUUAAAUUCUUUCAUUUAUAUAAAGAACACAGCAAUAAUAUUUUAGAAAUGGACUUCGGUUUUUUAGGAGUACACAAGCAAUAACAUACUCAUACAAAAUCGUCACUAUAAUUUUUAUCAUUUCAAUAGGCGGGGAAUUGGGAAAAGUAUUGAGCUACAGAUAUUGUUUUUUGUUUCAUGAUCUAUUCAGACGAAUAACUAUUCCCUGCAAUAUAAUCUGCCGCGAUGUGAUGAAAAACUUCUUGGGACCCUGUUUUUUCACUGAGGUUACUUUCUGAUUUAUCAGUAGGAUAUUUGUAACAACAAAAAAUACUGUUUAGCUAAUAUUUGGUAGCAUAGCCUUUAGCAUUCAACACUGCCUGACAUCUGCUGCUCAUAGAAGACACGAAUUUUUUACACACGUCUGUUGGGAUAUUUUGCCAAAUAUUUUUUACAUAAUCAAAUAAAUCGUUCCUAUUUUCAAAACUUUUUCUUGUCAGUUGUCUUUUAACAUGCUCCCAGAGAUGUUCUAUAGGGUUUAGGUCUGGGGAUUGCGAAGGCCAUGUGUAAUAACAUUGACAUUUUUCAGUCUUAACCAGGCCUUUACGAAUUUUGAGGUAUGCUUGGGGUAAUUAUCUUGCUGGAAUGUCCAUUGUAAAGGCAUUUCUUCUCCAGCAGAAAGGAGCACGUGUUCACUAAGAAUAUCUUUGUGAAGUUUUUUAUCCAUUUUCCCAACAGUGAAGAACUGGACCCGUUUCAGGACUAGAAAAACAGCCCUAAACCGUGAUUUUGCCUCGACCAUGCAACUGAUACUUUUUGUCGAAUCUUUUUCGUAUUGGACGUCUCACAUAUGCCGUACCGUCAGAUCCAAACAAGUUAAAUUUGCUUUCAUUGCUCCAUAAAAGUGUCGCUUUGUUCAUUUUUAAUCUUUGAGAAAUGUCAACAUUUCUGACACCACUUCAGUUACUUUGUCUCUUAAAUCUUUUGAAAAUUCUUUUACUUUUGCCAUUCUCACUGAUGUUAAUAUUUACCGCAAGCAAUAUCAGAGUAUCGUAGAACGAAUAAAAACUGAAAUAUUUCCAUACUUUUGUCGUUACAAAAACUGUGGUAUUUAAAAAAAACGCGUGUUUCCAUUUUCAGAGAAUUUGAAAAUUUAUAAGAGAAACCUUGUACGGGAGCCAAAAGUAGACUUUAAUUAUUUAUAUUAUCUGUUUCUUCACAAUUUUAAUUUAGGUAUAUGGAAUAGUUCAUAAUGAUGUUAAUAUUUGUUUCUAAACUUUUGUCCGCUGCUGUACAUGUACAAAGAUGAGUUACAUCGAGCUUGACCCACGGAAAUCAGACACAUCCAUCAACGACAUAGUCUCUUUAGGUAAAAAGAGAUGUAUGUAGACCUAUCAUUUUUAUUUUUGGUUACAAAAUAGAAGUGACUGUUUCUGAUGCGAAAACAAGAAGAUUCCUAGAAGAUUCAAUUUCACAUUUCGCUUAAAAAUCAACUUAAGAGAAGGCGUUAUGCAGUGGGUCAAAACAGUAUUGACACACCGAAUUUUUUUUCUUGAAAUAAGACCAAAAAUAAGACCAAUCAUAUAACCACAAGAAAAUGAGGCAUGUUAGUCCAACGAUAGGGGAAACGUUUUAGUCUUGGACUGCUUGUCGUGGAACGGCGUUGGUAAGCUAAGCCACAUGGCAGGCUUCAUGAAUACAGACAAGUAUGUUGACAUUUUGCGCAGUUACAGCAGUACUGAAAAAAUGGGAAUCGGGGAUGCACAACUCAAAACUCCACCACAAUCCUCAGAUGCCGUCCCUUUAAACAUUUGACUAGACCUGAAAGCCCGAAAAAAUAAAUAUUCUGCUAAACGACAGCUACGCAGGCAUGAGAUCAAAUUGGAUAAAAAGUACUAACUAAAUAAAUUUUAUUAACACUUGUUUGUUUUUAGUGUGUAAAUAUGUUUUUCACUCUUGAAUGUCAUAAUUCCUAUUGUUAUUCUAUUUUUUUUAUUUGCUUAGACCAUCAAAAAUGAUUAUUUGAAUGUUAGUUUUCAAAUAAAUUGAGAUUGAGAUUCAAAGAUGGGUGUGUCAAUACUUUUUCGAUCCACUGUAUCUCCAUGUUCUACUGACGCAAAUCAAACUACACAGUGGAGCAAGUUCGUAAACAUUCAAGGCCACGGCUCGCACUGUAAUCAAAAAUUACCGCGCACUUUUAGUAAACUUAAAAUUACACUCUAACAAAACCCAAUCAAAAUUUGUUUAGUUCACCUCAAAAUUAAUCCGUGUACCAAGUCAAAAAGCCUAGGUGUUUCCUCUUAAACUAAACACUUCUGUUUUUCUUUGCUCUUCUCCUUUUUUACUUCUUUCCCCUUCUCCUUUCCUUGACAUUGUCUGGUUUCUGGGCAACCAGGAGUGACAGAUUCGACUAACGUACAUUAGACAGUGACUAAUGGGCAAAGGUCCUACGGACCGCCCAGACAAACAAAUGACGAAUAGUAUCAAACCUAUGUAGAAACUAAAUGUCUACUAUAAAUUGAUUUUCAGACAUUUUGUUCUGCCUCUUUGAUAAGCUUGCUUUUAUAAAAUUUGUACUUUUAUUUGACAACAAAAACCGUAAAUAAUUCGAUUAUGACGAAGCAGCACUAAACCGUUUUUUCAUUACAGAUUUUUAUUGAAAUAACAUUUUAUUUGGAUCAAAUCUUACUUGAUUUGAUUAAAACGGCAAAACAGUUUAGCGUCGGUUCGAUGAUAUUAUUUUUUUAGAUUUUUGUUGUUAAACACUUUCAUGGUAUUUACAAAUUUUACAGAAGCAACCAUAAGAAUGCCAUUUGAAAAUCAACAACUGUGUAAAGUAGAUUAUGGAUAUUGAUCAUUGGAGACAACUACAGGUUUUAGGAGUUAUAUUUGCCUUAUUAUGCUGAAAGUUUUUGAUCUUUGGAUAGUCGAGGAAUGUUAUUGUUUUUACUUGGAGUUUUGUAUCAAGAUGAACAAUGCAGCUUUCAAUUUGGAAAUUGUUUGAAUGCCGGAUGCUAACGAAAAAAUUCUACAUAUUUACUGCACAUUAUUGUAAUGAAUUAUAUUUAAGGACAUGUAAAUUGUUGUGUUCAAUAUUUGCUUUUCCAUGUUAUACACUUAAAAAAAUAAAGCCAUUGUCUUGGAUGAAAACACUACAGAUAACUGAUCACUACAGUCUAAUUUUUCAUCCUUCUCUCAUUUCACGAACUGUUGUUAGUAUCUAUACAUAUAUUUUUAGAUAAUUUUUACGUUACAUAUAAAAUUUUUGUUGAGAAAAUGAGAUUAUUUGGAUUGUCUAUUUUCAUAGACUAGACUGUGAUGGUCAGUUCAAUGUAAAAUUGUACAUAUUUAUAUAAAAUCCACUUAGACUGUUGAUGAACACCAAAAAUAUUUUCUUUUCCCGAGUCUUGUGAAAACUGCAACUGAAAGUUUAGUUUGGUUAGUAAAAAAAAAAAAAAAUAGAGAAGCAGCAAAAAAAAGAGAAAAUUCUGUUAAGUAACAACAUGUGUUGAUAAUAGUAUAGCAAAUUUGUGUAAAACCGAUUUUGCAAUCUGUUUUGGUAAUAAAUCUGUUGCAAUUUAUAAAUAUGUAAACAUAAAAGUGCUUUGAAUUUAACAAAUAAAUGAUUUUGUAAAAAUUACAUUUUCAGCUUUACCAGACUCUUCCAAAUAGCAUAUUCCAUGAAGACACAUAUCAAAAUCUGUUCAUUCUGCUCAUAUAGUAUUUCUGGUGUUUAUUGAAAAUACCGUAAUUCUUCCAAAAACAAUGGCUUUUAGGAAAAAAUGAAAUGAAAUUGUUUAACAGCCCAUUUUGUGCAAGAUGAUCUCACUAUUUAUUACAUUUUCUGUAGGCGUUCAGCAAAGAUCUUCUUGGAUGUCCGACAUAUUUUUCAGAAAUCAUUUUUCUAAAUAUACCGUUAUAAAAUGCUUAUUUUGGAUGUUUGUACAUAACCAAAUGACCUUUAAG